AUGGCAGCGCUGUGUAGACCUACGCACAUCUGCAGGGCGGUGUUACUGUCGUUGUUGCUGUCUUUGACGUUUCGCGCCGCCUUUGCCUCGCGCAUUGUACACCGCACAUCAAAGGAAGCGUUACAGAGUUAUGCUGUGAGUGAAGGGUCGGGGGAGUCUCCUUAUCCGAACCGCUGCGCUUCUGGCCGGUGUCCAAAGGCUCGUCGUACGGAUUCCGAAGGUCGAUUCCUGGACUACUUAACUAGAUUCGUGUCGUCGUCUUCGGGGUUGCUGCUAGACGACAUCAUCCGUGUGCAGCUUGCCCAGCCUUUCGACGCGGCAGUUCAAACGUCGUUUAUCGCAUUACCAGUUGGUGAAGGAAUCGCUUCCAAGAUAAGCUACCUGUUCGGGAAAUACUCUUGGGAUAUCGUUAACACCGUCGUUCUGUUGACCUCUUCCGCCUACUUCAUCUACAUAUUCCUGUCUGACCCGCUGUCCAACGUCUGCAUCUCCACGAUCAGCUCGCACGUCAUCGCGUCGUUGUUUCUCGGGCUGACGCACGACCUGAUGCCCGUAUGGUUGCUGGCAGUUCUCAGUUUUGUCAUCGAAGGCGCGUUGUACGCUGUGCUCCAGUACAUGAAUCCCGGCAAACGCUCCCAAAUCUGCGUGUACUUCACUUGUGUGGUGAAGGCCAAGCUGGUCUACGACCUGUUUGCUGUGCUGCCGAUAGAAAUAAUCAGCCCGUCGUACACCGGCCCUGCAGGCGCCAUCGCCACAUAUGUGUAUGGUACGAGCAAUUUCAUGGCCGUACGUCUGAAUUACGCCAUCCUGCUGCUCAUCACGGCGGCCGCCAUUUUCCGCAAGCUUCCGCCGUACGUGUCAGGGGCGCCUUCCGGCCUGCACGAGGUGGAUCUGGCGUCGUCUACGAAGAGGAAGAUGGUGUGCCUCGUGGGAGCGUGGCCGUUAGCGGCGCUGAUCCCGCAGGUGCUGUGCACGUGGCUUGGCACCCACAACCCAAUCGGGCCGUACCAAUUCUUCUUCGUGCCGACCCCAUUCCGGCUGUCUGCGUUUGAGAGCUGGUUGGCCCUGCUGAAGCAUUUCAACCGCGCGGUGGGACGGCAGCGAAGAGCGGUGGUCGCCCUCGUCUUCGCUUACAUCGUCAUCGGGAUAGGUGUCCCCCUCAGGACCCGUGUUUACAAGUCCGACCCCGGCCGUGGCGAUAAGUCUAAAAAGGGCAGCACUGUGAGCUUCGGCGGGCCCGACGGCAGGGUGCUGAACUUCGUAGUGGCAACCACCGAAGGCGGCUCCACGCAAGGCGAUGAAAGCGCGCCUACUUGGACGCGCCUUUGGAAGAGGAAGGCGCCGCCUUCUGCCGCCGAUAAAGCACAUCCUGGCCCACAGAUUGCACCCGUUAACGUAGAGGACGUAAAGGAAUCUGAUACGAAGACGGGCCCGUCCGAUGCGGACGCCAACGUCGGUGGAGGCCACCCCAAGCGGGCCAAACAAGCCCCCGCAACUAUCGCACAGCCUCACACGACGGCGCGAACCGAUACGGAUCCGUCAUCUUCAGAUGACUAUUUCAAGAAGGAGGACGAGUUCAUGCUGCGGCAGGAACUCGAGAAGUCGAAGCUUCGAGUCAAGGACGGUAGAGGCAAUGAGCUGGACAACCUGUUGGUGUCUGGCACUCCUGUGACGUCGGUGGUUGACCUGUUCGACGGUGACGAUGACGCCACGUUGCUACAACACCUGGAGCUGCUCAAGGCCCACUUGCACUUCUGUGAAGAUGACAGCAAACGGUCACUUAUAAAGGCUCUUGAGACGAUCGUAAAUAGCCGUCGUCUUGGCGAUGUCGCUGGCGAAGUUAGCCAGUCCGUCUCAUCUAAGAUAAAUUCGAUCCUGUCCACAAAGAGCGUAUCGGAGUUGGAAGGUACUGUGACGUUUCGGCAUCUUCACCACAGUUUAGGUUAUGAAAGCGAGAUAAGGAAGAAGAUGACCUCUGACGAUGUUGUUGACACGAACUUCUGGGAGGCCGUGCUGUCCAGGAUUCCCUUCUUCAAGGCGUGUUGUGUAGUGCGCGACCACAACAAGGGAGCGCCAGCAGAUAACCUCGCUGCUAGCAACGUGAAACCGGUGACCCCCAAGGCCCCCGCUUCCCGCGCAGACGGUUCGGUGCGUGCGGUUGCCGACCCCAAGUACGAGCGGUUCAUGAAAGCUCUAAAGCUGGAGACCGACGAGCACAUGUUGACUGAGGACGUGCCCUACGGCAAGGACUCCGGUCGGAAGCCGCAGUUCGCGGCACGUGUGACGUUGAGCUACGAUUGGAACAGCUACAACUUGAGCCACUUCGACCCUAACAACCCCCCUCCCAAGAGCGUGCAGGGAUUUAAGUUCAGCAUAUUCUUCAGCAAUUUGGAGAACCCGCGCGCAGUUCCGCAGUGGAAGCUGGCGAAGGACGGCGCUAACACCGACACGUGUCUGCUGGUGUUUAAAGGCGGUAGGCCGUACGCCCCUGUGGCCUUUCGCAUCCCCGCCCGGGAGUGGGACACCGACCCGUCGCGUGGCUUCAAGAAUUGCUUCAGCGAGGGUGUGCUGCACCUGUAUUUCAACUUCCGCAAGCUGACUUAUCGGCGCUAA